UCAAUCUCUCAGAACACCAAAUUACCGAAAUGUCGACCAAAACACAGUCCCAUCCACCUCCUAGUCGUCCUGGGCAGCGGCGGACAUACUGCUGAGAUGUUUUCUAUGCUACGACGGAUGCAACUUAAUACAUCCAGGUAUAGCUACCGAACCUACGUCGUGAGCUCGGGGGAUGACUUCAGCGCCGCAAAGGCAAUCGAAUUCGAAAAGAGUCUCCAAGGCGAAGAAGAUGAUACCUCCUACACCAUCGUCACCGUCCCGCGGGCACGUCGCGUCCAUCAGUUUUUCUUGACCGCGCCGCUUUCUACCCUUCAGUGCUUCUGGGCCUGUGUCCGCGUGUUGUGCGGUCGGUAUCCGGAUCAGAAGCCGCUUCCUUUGUGCUACUCUUCAUAUCCGGAUUUGAUCUUGACAAACGGACCCGCGACGGCUGUUUGUGUGAUACUGGCUGCCAAGUUUCUACGUUUGUUCAGUCGCUAUGCGAUGAAAGAAAAGAAACAAGGAGACAAGCCGACUGUUCAGGAUAUCCGGCUGCGCACUAUCUUUGUGGAAUCGUGGGCCCGGGUUACCACGUUGAGUCUCUCUGGCAAGCUCUUGUUGCCUUUUGUCGACCGGUUCCUUGUGCAGUGGCCUGCAUUGGGGGGAAAGGCUGCUUGGUGGAGUACGAGGAAGACGGAGUAUGCAGGCGCGCUGGUAGACUGA